ACUCGUGAACGCGGCACACACGACGCGUACGCACGGCGACGGAUGGCGACCACGAGUCGUCCGCCUGAAGUAAGCACGAGUCAAGUACCUCGUAGUACCGCGACGAGCGCUCGGCUUUCUAGUGUCUUACCGCUAGCUCAGCCCUGCUGCCUUCUUCUACGAGGCCCGUACACGCGCUGUAGGCAAGCAUUCAUUGCAGCGCGCCUGCUACAGACCAACCAGUACCGCAACUAUUGCCCUGCCAAGCGAUUUUGCACGAGGAUGCGCGUAACACUCGUAGCAGCAGCUGUCUCUGCAGCAGCUGCAUUAAGGGCGCCCUUGUUCGACACCCAGGGCCGCUUACAGCGCACGGCCAACCCCCCGGCCCCGCUGCCCGACGCCAACCACCGAUACGUCGUCGUGCACAAGGGCGACGUCCUCGUCGAGAGCACGAACGAUGUGGUGGACGCGCGGUUCCUCGACCAGAAGGAAGCCGCGCCGCUGGUGGACGAACAUGCAAUAGUGGCCUGGCUCGGGACGCUCCAGAGCAAGGGCUACUGGAUGCUCGACGUCUCUCAUAAAAAACAACCACCAAUUGUGAAGGGAGCGGCCUUCGCGCCGUUGCGCAGCCCGAAAGGCGAUAAACCCGCGGUGUUGAACCGACCGGCGGACCAGCUGCCCUACGAGGACGCCUGCGCGUUACUGGUCACGGCGUCGGGCCUAGGCCGCUGGCACCGGUCGCACAUGUUCUGCGCGGCGUGUGGCUCUAAAACAGUAUCAGCAAGACACGGAAGGCAGCGAAAAUGCGAAGCGUGCCACACGAAGUCCCGACCUCGAGUCGAUCCUUCGUCUAUUGUGUUAGUGGCGUCGCCCGACAAUAGCAAGGUGCUAUUGGGAAGAAAAGCCGCCUGGCCCGAGGGCAAGUGGAGCACGCUGGCGGGCUUCGUCGAGUUCGGCGAGAGCCUCGAGGAGUGCGUUUGCAGAGAGGUCCUCGAGGAGUCCGGCGUGGAGGUUGAUCGAAGCACGCUGAGACACGUCGCGUCGCAGCCCUGGCCGUUUCCCUCUUCAUUGAUGGUGGGCUAUGCGUGUCGCGCGUCCACGGAAGCGAUCACGGUCGACGACGAGCUCGAGGACGUCGCCUGGUUUGAUCGCGCCUUCGUAGCCAAAGCUUUGCGGGAGCAAGGUGAAAAUGAUACACCAAAAACGCCGGGCGGCUUCCACGUCCCGACGAACGCGUCCUUAGCGCGGGUCCUCAUCGAGGGCUGGGUCCAGGAACAGAGUGACGUGACUACUGUGGAGGCCGAGGUCACGUCCCUCGAAGAAGCGCGGGACGCGGCUUUGGGCAGCGGCUCGGCGCAGGCCUGGGAGCUCGUCGAGGAAUUAGAAAGGGCCGAGAAGCGCAAGGCGUCUACGUCGUCCCUGGAGGACGAGUGCGCCGUCGACGACGCCGACGAGCGGUGCCAGAAGAUGGCCAAGGACCUCGCCGAGCUCGACGAGCUCAUGGCGCGCGGGCCCGGCGAGGCGCGCAUCCGCGAGGCCGCGCGGUCCAUGCUCCGCGAGCUCGAGGCGCGCUACGACAACAAGAUGUUCGACAAGUAGCCGCACGCCCGCCCGCCCCCGUAGUUUAUAUAUCUAAGUGACAUAGGAACCGA